AUGCACUCGUUCGAUAGUAUCCUGCUACCUUUGGCUGUAGGCACUACACCGAAGAAAACCUUCCUCUACACUACUUUCUUGAUCGUUGAUUGUCCAAUAGCAUACAACGUCAUCAUCAACCGUCCAACCUUGACCAAGAUGAAGGCCUUCUUAGCUCCCCACAUGCUUAUGAUGAAGUUGCCUACUCAUUUUGGUGUAGGCCAAGUUCGGGGUGAUCAGCUUAGCACACGGACGUGGUAUGUUUUCGCUUCCAGCUCCUCUACCACAACAUUACCAAAUGAGGCACUAACCUUCUCAAACGCAACACCUUUAUUGCCGAACCACAAAAGAGGCAAUUAG